ACGCAGGCCGCGGGAAUGUAUUCUUCACCCACUAUCACCCACCGACCCAUUCAUCAGCACAUCUACUUCCUGAUUGAUACCUCGCCAGUACUCAUAGACUCCCCGCACCAUGCCCCCGAAGUCACCCUCUCGACCGUCCGGCCAGGACUCUCCUGGCGCCUCUUUUUCUACCCCUUUAAAGGCGUCCGCACGACCAUCUGCAACCGACCCCAAGACAUCAUACAGCUCCCUAGGGACAUCACAAGACCCCUCUCAAUCCGAACUCAAGGAGGCGACUAAACGCGACCUCCCCAUCGAUUUUGACUCGGCCAUCCUCGAACGCGAUUUGUCGCGUUAUAUGCCACGGGAUUGCAAAGAUCCCACCCCUCCUGAAUGGCCGACGGGGACCAAAGGUGAUGCCCACUAUGAGCAGAUCGCCAAGUUCAUGAACUCGGUCUUGAGUGUAGCCCGAGAGGCUCAUAAAAAGUCUGGCAAGAAUAAUGUCGAAUAUUGCGCGCUCGACUACCUAUACACGGAUAAAUUCCGAUGGAUCGCUUACAACAAGCAACUCAUGUCUGACAGGGACAGCAAGAAGGAGCUCAAACCAGACCUGGUCGGGUGCAAGCUCGAUGACCCGAAUCUCUUCGAUGAGGGCACACAGAAACUGCCCAAAAAAGCAUACCGCGUGCAGGCAGCGCACCUGAUCACUUUUUGGCGAGGUCAAAAGAAAUCAGAGUAUCUACGAUGCUGUAGUCCAAGCCUCCACCUAUGGUCGAGCUACUUUUGGCUCCCAGCCCAAUCGAUGUGGUGUACGCUUCGUUGUCAUGUCAUUCAAUGGUACCAAUGUGGAAGCGGCCAUCGGGGAAAUGGAUAUGGCAGGCAUCUACCUCACACACGUCCACAAUCUCAAGGAUCAAUACCAGUACACCCGCUUUUGGCGUCUUCUUACAGGGAUGUACUGUUCCCCUAUCGACGAUGCUGGCUGCAAUCGGCGCAUCCGCUUCUACUCCAAUGAAGCCGGAAACAUGGUGCUCGAAAAGUGGUCCUACGCUCAGAAGGCGUGGAGGUGCGUCGAGAAACGUCUGUGUAACCGGAACAACUUCUGGUCUCGAACCACCCGCGUCGAUGCCCUUCAUCCCGCUGGAUCCGAAGAAAUUACAGAGUAUGAAUCUGCCCGGCGAGCUCCAUUGGAGGAGGGAGCCAAGAAGCGAAAGAAGGAGGAAGACACAAUCCCCCAACCUGCCAAACGUGGGAGGUCUGGGCAAAGCUCAACGUCUUUUAGGAGGGAGGACGCAACGGAUGAGCCAGACCGACCGAAAGCUGCUCCAGAACAAGGCUCGGACGUGGCUGUGUCAUCGCCUCUAUUCAAUCACGAAGAUAUCCAGCGGCUUAAAGCUCCACUCAUUACUGUUAUUGUCGAAUCAUCCACAGCGAUUGAGCACAAAGUGGAAACCGACAUCUACAAUCCCAUCACUCGACACAAAUAUUCUGAAAGACAAGUGUACCAAUUUCUGGAGAAAGUGCUCGGUCACAACCAGUCCAUGCGUGGCAUUGCUCAAUUUGCCUCUCGUCGUACGGGUCGCCCAACUAGGGCUGUGGGCUGUGUGGUGGGUGGCGAGAAAUUUUACCGCAAUGGUCUUGAAGACUCAGACGAAUCAUGCGCCAGUAAUGAUCUUUUGCGAGAUGUCACCAAGUAUCUUGAUCUUGACGGACAUCUCACUCCUGACAGCUAUUAUCCCCGACGCGCGUCCUCUGUCAAACCAAAACCGGUCAUCCCUCGUAUCGAGACUGUCCAGGAAACCGUCACAUUAGGGGUCACAUUGUUCGACGUAUACCAGAAGCACAAGAUGUUGGGUCUUGUGAAAGCUAUACUGGGUGCAUUGCAUGGGUACCGCAACCUUCUUCGAGGCGGCUGGCUACAUCGAGAUAUCAGCGUCAACAAUAUUGUCGUUGGUUCAACCAAAGGUUUCGAACCAUGCGAUUAUGAUCAGGAUGGCGGCCGUGCUGUGCCCACUGCCUACAGUUCGGACUGUCUGAUUGACGAUAAAGAUGGGGAGCUCUGUGGCAUGUUGAUCGAUUUUGACCUUGCUGUCUUGAAAGGGCGAAAUGGCGGGACUGCCAAGGAUGACAAAGCUUUUCUCACGGUUCGUUUCCUAGCUUGCUCCACCAUGCUCGUGUGUCUGAUGCUGGUGCUUGCAGGGGACCAUGAACUUUAUGGCGACAGCCAUUUUCAGAGCCCAUGACGAGAUCGCGGAUGGAGAAGAAAUCCCGUCCGCACAUUCCCCAAUCUUCGAUUUGGAGUCUUUCUUCUGGGUCCUAAUCUACGUCCCACUUUACUGUGACACACAAGGUGAUACCCCCAACACACGCGAUGUGUCUAUCUUCCGGUCUCUUUUCGGAUCAUUCCCUGCUUCAGUGGGCAACCGGGAUAGCUUUCUGGCACGCAAAGGUUCGGGCUACAUUGACGACGAAGAAUGCUGUCUCGCACCGCUGGAAAACCUGCUGACAGAACUUAUGGACCUUGUCGAUGAUUAUUAUAAGCAAUCUUUGCGAGCAAUGAAGGGGAAGGCCGGACAAAGCAGAAAGGCAGAGAACAUCGGGAACAGCCGAAAGACCACGAAGGGCGGAAAGGGCGGAAAGGGCACGAAUAUGAUGUGUCCUUGGAACGAGUGCGAGGAGAACAUGGCUGUUGAGAAAUUCAUCGAUAUCCUCAGCGGUUAUGUACGAGAGCAGGUGUAGAAUGGGCGUCAAUGAGGUAAGUCUCAGUCUUCCCAUCUCAGGCGCCGAUCGUUGACCGCUAGACCGUAGCUUCCCUCGAGUUCAGCUACUUGACUUGACCCUUGUCGCACCACAUUUCCUUUCGUUCUUGUUUAUGAUUCCUGGCCCUUUCCUUAUCUCGGGUAGCUUUCAACCCCAAAAUAUUGUUCUUCUUAUAUCGAUUUGCGCUGUUCUCACAUUCGCCAGGUCGCACGAUACCCUACCAAGAAGAGUUGAUACCACGAAACAACCCAAUCAACCAUAUAUUUCAUGGAUCGGUGUCGCGGCGAUAGAAUGGGAGAUGAUAGAGGUUGGGCGGCAAUGAGCUUAGUGAUAUGUCGCAUAUAUGUACAUAGUAUUGUAUGAAGCUGUCCAGUAUAGCAUGAA